AUGCCGUCCGCCACCGGCCAGAACUGGGAGAAGUACCAGAAGACCUUUGCCGACGAUGAGGUAGAAGAGAAGAAGAUCACACCCCUCAGCGACGAAGAUAUCCAAGUCCUCAAGACCUACGGCGCCGCACCCUACGGCUCCGCCCUCAAGAACCUCGAGAAGCAGAUCAAGGAGAAGCAACAGAGCGUAGACGAGAAGAUUGGCGUCAAGGAGUCCGACACAGGUCUUGCCCCCCCACAUCUAUGGGACACGGCCGCCGACCGCCAGCGCAUGUCCGAGGAGCAGCCGCUCCAGGUCGCCCGCUGCACCAAGAUCAUCGCCGACGAGCGCGACGAGUCCAAGAGCAAGUAUGUCAUCAACGUCAAGCAGAUCGCCAAGUUCGUCGUCCAGCUGGGCGAGCGCGUCUCCCCCACCGAUAUCGAGGAGGGCAUGCGUGUCGGUGUCGACCGGAAUAAAUACCAGAUCAUGCUGCCCCUGCCGCCCAAGAUCGACGCCAGCGUCACCAUGAUGACGGUCGAGGAGAAGCCCGACGUAACCUACGGCGAUGUCGGUGGUUGCAAGGAGCAGGUCGAGAAGCUGCGCGAAGUCGUCGAGAUGCCGCUCCUAUCACCCGAGCGCUUCGUCAACCUCGGCAUCGAUCCCCCCAAGGGUGCCCUCCUGUACGGCCCUCCCGGUACCGGAAAGACGCUCUGCGCCCGAGCCGUGGCGAACAGGACAGACGCCACAUUCAUCCGGGUCAUCGGAUCGGAACUGGUGCAGAAGUACGUCGGUGAGGGUGCGCGUAUGGUGCGAGAGUUGUUUGAGAUGGCCCGCACCAAGAAGGCCUGCAUUAUCUUCUUCGACGAGAUCGACGCUAUUGGCGGUGCGAGAUUCGACGACGGAGCUGGAGGUGACAACGAGGUGCAACGUACCAUGUUGGAGCUGAUCACACAACUCGACGGUUUCGACGCCCGCGGCAAUAUCAAGGUCAUGUUUGCAACCAACAGACCUUCGACCCUGGAUCCGGCCCUUAUGCGCCCGGGACGUAUCGACCGAAAGAUCGAGUUCUCGCUACCCGACCUGGAGGGACGAGCCAACAUUCUCCGUAUCCACGCCAAAAGCAUGAGCGUCGAGCGCGAUAUCAGAUGGGAGCUGAUCUCGAGAUUGUGCCCCAACGCUACAGGUGCCGAGCUGCGCAGUGUAUGUACCGAGGCGGGCAUGUUUGCCAUCCGGGCGAGGAGAAAGGUGGCCAGCGAGAAGGACUUCCUGAGUGCGGUCGACAAGGUUAUCAAGGGCAACUUGAAGUUCAACUCGACCGCCACGUACAUGCAGUACAACUAG